AAUUUGACGUGUCGAAAAUGCGAUGCAGAAUACGGCACACUGUGUGAUUGGUGUUUUGUUGAUAAACGAAUAACUGUCUUUAAACUGAGGGGCUGGUGCUUUCAGUUUUGUGGCUGAAGUUCUAUUUGAUGAAAACGUUAAAUUGAUAUAAAUUAUAACCACUGGGUUAAGCUCGAACACACGGCUCAUUAGCGUGUAUUCUCCACUGGAAGAAGAAAGUACACAAAGUAAAGUGGUUCUCCAGUACCGCGGCUCCGUGAAUCACCUGAUCCUGCCCCAGAACAGCGAUGCAGAUUACGGUCUUCUGCGCGCCGAGGGAUCGCCCAGAAACAACUUUCGCCCUCGAUGUUUCUCCAGAGCUUGAACUGAGAGACUUUGUAGCGCUGUGUGAACUAGAAUCGGGCAUCCCAGCCGGAGAGAUCCAGAUCCUGUACACGGAACAACCUCUUGUAGACUUAACUCGCGCUUUGGGCAACUACGGUGUGAAGGAUGGAGAUGUGGUUGUGCUCAGACAAGCAGACAGGAGACCCCCACCAACACAACCCGCUUUCCCAGGUCUGCCCCAUAUCGACUUUCGUUCCAUCACAGUGCCGGGCACCUCCUCUUCGGGCGGACAGCGUGCUGCGCCAAGGCAGCAACAGCAUCAACCCUCCCUGCAGCAGCAGCAGCAGCCGACCCCAUCCCCGGCCCAGCCUUCAGCCUCGCUCCCGCCUGCUCCACAGCCGUCCACGCCGUCGGCCUCCCGCGCCUCGGGCUCUGGCUCCUCUCUGCCGGGGCUGGAUGACCCGGCCCUGCUCCAGCAGAUGCUGCUGUCCAACCCUCAUGAGCUGUCGCUGCUAAAGGAGCGAAACCCGCCCCUGGCCGAGGCACUGCUUAGUGGGGACCUGGAGCGCUUUACUAAAGUGCUUGUGGAGCAGCAGCAGGACCGAGCCCGGAGGGAGCAGGAGCGCAUCAGACUCCUCACUGCAGACCCCUUCGACCUGGACGCUCAGGCCAAGAUAGAAGAGGACAUCAGGCAGCAUAAUGUGGAAGAAAAUAUGACCAUUGCAAUGGAGGAAGCCCCAGAGAGCUUUGGCCAGGUGGUUAUGCUCUACAUCAACUGUUUAGUCAACGGACACCCCGUCAAAGCCUUUGUCGACUCAGGAGCCCAGAUGACCAUCAUGAGCCAGGCGUGUGCAGAACGCUGCAACAUAAUGCGUCUGGUGGACCGUCGCUGGGCUGGGAUAGCCAAGGGUGUGGGCACCCAGAAGAUCAUUGGCCGAGUUCAUCUGGCUCAGGUGGUGAUAGAAAGCAUCUUCCUGCCGUGCUCCUUCUCCAUCCUGGAGGACCAGCCCAUGGACAUGCUGCUGGGCCUGGACAUGCUGAAGAGACAUCAGUGCUCCAUCGACCUGAAGAAGAACGUGCUCCUGAUCGGCACCACGUCCACCGAGACGCACUUCCUCCCGGAGUCGGAGCUCCCGGAGUGCGCCCGGCUGGCGUACGGGCCGGACGGCCGGGAGGACGCGGCGCCGGAGGAGAUGGCGGACCGCGAGCUGGCGGAGGCGCUCCAGAGGUCCAUACAGGAAAGCGGACAGCACUGAUGCAUAUGGGGGAGACAGCUGGAGAGGGCCCGACCAAUCAGACACUGCAGAUGGACAAACUACCUCACCAGAACCCCAGCCAUUCCCAACGCCUAACCCCCUGGACCCACCGUCCCCCUCCCCUUCCUGGGCUGCAGACAACCUGCCAACCCCCCCCGGCUGCAGCCGGACGGCCCCCCCACCAUCAGAGCCUCCCCGGGACCCGCCCGGCCUCCAGGGGCCUCCAGAGUCUCUCCUGUCCCCGGCCGAGUGCCCCGCCCAGGCCUGUGACCCCCAGGCUCUGCCCCCCGCUGCCAGCCCCGCCCCGCUGCCCCUCCUGCCCCCCCCCUGCCUCACCCGGGAGACGUCAGAGCUGCCCCCCUCUGAGGACCCGGCCGGAGGGCGCGGCCGGACCCCCCAGGAGCCAGCAGGGCCCGCUGCGCCCAUAGAAAUCGAUUGGGACUCCGACGGGAUGAGGAGUCCGGGCGAGCUAUCCGCCCCCCAGCCCAUGGAGCAGGAGUCCGGCGACGCCCAUCCAGCCCUCGACUCCCCCGCCCCGCCCUCCCCCCGGCCCCUCUCCCUCCCCGCGGACCCCCUCGCCGCCGCCGCCGCCGCCCUCGA